AUGAGGACCACUUCCAACUCAUCCACCACCAAGCUCGAGGCAAACGACAACACUAUGAACACAGUGCAAGAGCACAUUUCCCCUUAUUUCAGCGUUUCCCAAACGAAAUACGGCGGCCGCGGAUGCUUUGCCAACUUGGAGAUACCGUGCGGCACCCAGAUACACUACUGCCCCAGACCAAUUGGAUACACCGUGUCGCGAUGUUUCAAAAAAGAAGUCUGUUACUGGUGUUUUAAGUAUGACUACGGCACCAUCAUGAAGAGCAAAAUCACUGGGGAUCUAGGUGGUAACAGCAAUAAGAACGCGUGCUCGUUGCACUUUUGUAGCGAUGCGUGUGCCCAGCUGUAUCGCGAGGCUGACGCCGAUGGACUUUUAACGCGGAAUUUGCUCGAGGCCGAGAGAAACUACUUGCUUGGGUUGAAACAACCGGCAGAUGAAUGGAAGGAGCCCACGGGCAGCGUGGACGACGCCAUUGCGGCAGCUUGGAGCUCGGCGGAAAAGUGGCACGAGGAACUCGACGCUGGUAAGCAGUCGAAAGGGAGGGCGCAAAAUAGAAAUGUUGCGGUGGUGCCUCGAAUAGACGAAGGCGAUUUCUCAGAAGCUAUAUAUGUCAUUCACGUGGCGUUCAACACAUUCCAGAACCAGAUGAAAGCUAGCAGCUUCGAGUACGACACCGCUGACCUUGCGGCGAAAAUGAAACUUGAGUUGAUCAUGUUUAAUUCGCUCCAGUCGACGGAAAUCGAAAAGUACCACCGGUACCCGUAUUUGAUUGAGUCCUUUGUCAAAAUUUACAAGUUUUUGAAACUCACUUGCUCUUGGGAGCUUCAGCCAUACAUCACCCCGCAAAACGUGAGGUUGAUAAUCGGCAGAAACCUCCCCAACGCGUUUGGUAUAUGGUCGCACACCAAGAGCCCUACGGAGGACAAGGAGUAUCUCGGGUUUGCCGUGUACCCGUCGGCGUCCUUAUUCAACCAUUCCUGCGAGCCCAACAUCAAAAAAAUUCGUAUGAAAAACGACUUGCGGUUUGUUGCGUUGCGAGACAUACAAAAAGGCGAGGAAUUGUGCAUUAGUUAUGGGAACCACCAAGAUGAAGAUGUUGAUGAAAGACAAAAGCAAUUACUGGAAUGGUUUUUCACUUGCUCGUGUGCCAAAUGUACCCGGGAGUUGACGCUCAGGUGA